GAUAUUUACAGUACUGCAAGGUAUGAAGCUAUGAAUAAACUUAAAGCGGUAUAACAUCUAUAUAAUCAGAAAUUAGGCUUAAAAUUAUGUUUUAUCCUAAUUAAAGGUAAGGUUAAAAGCUAAUCAUUUUAUUUUAUUAAACAUAGGAUUAUUAUCUACAGUGCAUGCAUAAUUAUUAGGCAGUUAUUUUGUCUUUUUUUCUCCACCGGUGUUCAAUGGUCAUGCCUUAUCUUUGCAAUUUCUGUAUUGCAUUAGUUUUGAAUAUUUCUUCUUGACAUUUAAUAAUUUGUAACUUUUAAGUUUGAGUUAAAUAUCUUUUUUGGCUCAUUGUAUUUGUAAAGGCAAACGUGCCUAAUAAUUAUGCACACCUGAAUAUAAGAAGUUUUUCACUUUCAGUCUUCAUGGACAAUUAUAUAUCAAUUAUAAAUUAUUAAAUAUAAAAUUAACAGUAGUUAUAAGAUUGGUGUGCUUUGGAAUUGGUCAAGUGUGCUUGGGAAAAAAAUGACCAGAAUAUCAACUUGCCUAAUAAUUAUGCACGCACUGUGUAUGUUAUUUGCAUGUAGAAAGGAAGAAUUUAAUUAUCAGGUGAUGCUGCAAUUGGGAUGGCGUAACCCGAUACUACUUCGCAAUGCUUAUGUCAAGGGUACAGUACGGUUUCAGUUUAAACAUUGAGGAUCACUUGGUACCAUCUUCAUCACGAGUUCUUCUGGACAGUGAUCUUUUUAGGGUCAUUGGCCGAAUGAUUGGGUACUCGUUUAUUCAUGGAGGCCCACUGCUGACAGGGCUGAGCCCCUCUAUCAACAGUCUUCUACUAGGAAAUGACGAGCCAGCCACCAUUGACCUGAGAGACUGCCCAGACCAAGACAUCACAGAUAUCGUUUCUCUAGUUAGUUUAAUUGUACUUGAAGUUAUCAGCCGUUACUUUAAAUUACAAUUAUCACAAUUUAUGAAACUAUUUAAUAUAAGCUUUUUUUGUGUGUGUGUGUGUGUCUUUUUGUCCGAGCCAAGGGAUUUGACAGAUGUGGAGCAUUACCAAGUGAAUGAUAUUGCUUUAAGCUGGGAUUUACCACCAUUAACUACUGAAAACAGAAAGUGGCUUGCAGAAAAAAUUCUUCAACAUGCGGUUAUUGGUCGCAGAGAAAGGCAGAUAAAGCAACUCCAACGGGGUCUGAAGGACACUGGGGUCCUGCUUAUGUUAAAGGAACGCCCUUCUCUCAUCUCGGUGCUGUUCCCGAGAGCGGCUGACAAAAUCAUCCUGCCUGAAAUGGUUUUGGAAAGAGUGAUAUGGCCAAUGAUGCAGGAUGAGGAUGAAGAUGAGGAUGUUCACGAGGUUCCUCUGGAAUUGAAAUGCCAGAUGUCAUCGUACCUCAGGAAGUACAUUGAAAAUGGUGCAAAGAUGAGAAGGAACGACUUGCAGACGAUAGCGUUACUUCUGACAGGUGUUGUUUGCCUGGUCAUUAUCACGAACAAAAACGACUUUGAAAAUGACGUGACACUGAAGAGCAAAGACGUAUAUGAGAUGCUCCAUCAUCAAAACAAUUUGUCCAGCUUCAAAACUCUCCGGCCUUCGUCUUCACAUUGUCGUCGGAAUAUGUCUGCUUAUAAUGUGACUGGAUUUUCUAUUCUGCCAAAUCAUAUCAAAGACUUCCUGCUUUACCGACACUGUAGGAGUUUUCCCAUGCUUCUUGACGUGCCUAAUAAGUGUGGCGGACCCCAAAACUCUGCAGAUGUCUUCCUUCUGCUGGCCAUCAAGAGUUCUCCAGAGAAUUACGAUCGACGAGAAGUUCUGCGGAAAACAUGGGCUAAGGAUAGACUGCACAAAGGUGUGUGGAUCCGCAGAGUCUUCAUAACCGGAACGAGUAAAACUGGCUUUGAGAAGCGCAGGUUGAAUAAGCUAUUGAAGCUGGAGAACAGUGAGAACCAGGACAUUAUACAGUGGGACUUUGAUGAUUCUUUCUUCAACCUCACACUGAAGCAGAUUCUUUUCUUAGAGUGGAUGGAAAGAUGGUGCCCGCAUGUCAGAUUUCUUUUUAAUGGAGACGAUGAUGUCUUUGCGUCGUUUAACAUGGUCGAGUAUCUUCAAGGUCAGAAGGGCAAUGAUGGAAGUAAACAUCUCUUCACUGGGCACCUCAUCCAGAAUGUAGGCCCCAUCAGACAAAGUUCAAGCAAAUACUUUGUUCCGGUGCAAGUACAGAAGUCUGAAAAUUAUCCUCCGUACUGUGGUGGAGGAGGCUUUCUUCUGUCUGGCUUCACGGCCAAAACGAUCUACAACAUGUCUCACUCUAUAGAUCUGCUGCCCAUUGAUGAUGUUUACAUGGGAAUGUGUUUGGAAAAGGCUGGCCUCAAACCUACAUCCCACUUUGGCGUAAGGACCGCUGGUCUGCAUGUCCCCUCUGAGAACGUCGACAAAUUUCACCCUUGCUUUUACAGAGAAAUCAUUUUAGUCCACAGAUUUCUGCCGCAUAUGAUUUUUGUGAUGUGGAAUGAGAUACAAAACCCACAUUUACAAUGUGGAAGGACAAAUUCCAUGUUCAAAAACUGAACAGGGUGUGUGAUUACUUUUAAAGGGAAACAAUGACUUGUUGGAAUCAAUAUGAUUAAAGGGAUACUCCACCCCAAAAUGAAAAUUUUGUCAUUAAUCACUUGCCCCCAUGUCGUUUGCGCCUAACUGGUUUGGGGGGGGAAAUCACGCCUGUAUAAUGCAUAUUAAAGUUCAUAAGUACAGCGCUGCUUUGUUUACAGCGGAAACCAAGGAAACGCUUAAAGCGCCACCUGCUGGCAGAGAGUGAAUCUGUGUCUCAUUUAGCUCGUCUGCUGUUUCAUUUAAUGCAGAUAUUUUUUAUGUAUACAGUAGUUUCACAAAACUGAAGUCAGACCAUUCUGUUUUUGCUUCAAAUUUCAAAAUGAUACAAUAUUAUUUAGAUUAAAAACUGCUCAUGUUGUAUGUAUGCAACAUCUUUGUUUGGAUCAUGAUUAAAAUGCAGUGGUUGCCUCUAAUUUUAAAUGGAAAGAGCACAGACAAAGCCUUAUUUUGUUUAUAUGAAGAGAUUUAUUUUAUUUGUGUUGCUUAUUUAUUUGAUUUGGAGCUUGUUUUAAAAUUUCAAUUUAGUUUUGUUAUUUACAUUUACACUAUAUUUACAUUUUGUUAGCAGAGGCUUUUAUCCAAAGUGACUUACAAAUGAGCACAAUAGAAGCAAUCAAAACCAAUAAAAGAGCAAUAAUAUGCAAGUGCUAUAUUAGUAUAUUAUUAUAGUGUUUAUUUCAAUUUCACAAAGAAACGUGCUGCAUUUUGUCCAAGCAAUAAUAAAAGGACACAUUUAAUUUAGAAUUUGUCUUAAAUCUCAUUUUGUAAAAAAAAAAAAAAAAAAUCAUGAAUUGAAUCGAAUCGUGAGUGGAGUGAAUCGUUACAUCCCUAGCUGUUUCCGUUCAAAUCAAAGGGUAAAUAAACGUACAAUACGUAUACAUGCUUUACUGAUGACAGAGAAUAGCGUACGCACUUUGCGUCCAUCGGAUGCUCUCCAAAAUGGCGCUACGCUGACACAGAGAGACAGAGAGGAGACGAAUUGUUGAAUAAAUGUCAUUAUUUUUAUUUUCUUUGCAUACAAAAAGUAUUCUCGUUGCUUCAUAAAAUUCAGAUUGAACCACUGAUGGCAGAUGGACUAUUUUGGCGAUUUAUACUUUUCUGUGCCUUGACAGUGUUAUUUACUUGGCAGUCAAUGGGACAGUCACAAACCUCCCGGUUUUCAUCCAAAAUAUCUUAAAUUGUGUUCUGAGGACGAACUAAGCUUUUACGGGUUUGGAACGACAUGGGUGUAAGUGAUUAAUGACAAAAUUUUCAUUUUGGGGUGGAGUAUCCCUUUAUUUUAAAAUUAGCUCUACAAAAAUCCUUUUCUAAACAUGGUGGAAGUUCUAAAACAUGGUGUAGUUUUGCAAAAUCAUUGCCUUUUUAAAAUUAUGUGGUCUAUUGCACUUUAACUGAAAAGGGUGGUUGAAUCUUUUCUCACCAAUGGUAGUUAUAGUCAUUGUGAACUUUAUGCUUGUUUUUAAACAACCUUCUCAGUAUAUAGAUAUAGAAACAUCUAUAUUUCGCUUUUUAAAAUCUUAUUUUAUCAGGGGAAUUAAGUGCACUCUCAGAAAAAAAAGAUACAAAAGUUGUCACUGGGAUGGUACCUUUCCAGAAGGUAUACUUUUGUACCUUAUUUACCCCUAAAGAGUGGAUAUCAAGUGAAGUGAAGUGACAUCUGGCCAAGUAUAGUGACCCAUACUUGGAUUUGGUGCUCUUUAUUUAACCCAUCCAAGUGGUAUUGAGGUUGGAAGUGAGGACCUGCCGGACCUGAGACUCAAACUCACAACCUUCAGGUUACUCUAACCAUGAGUGAAAUCAUGAAUUCCCCACACCCCCUCCUCAGAAGAACACAAUUCUACAAAAGUUUAAUAUAAAUAUUAAUAUAACAUAAUAUAAGUGACUACUGUGAAAUUGAGACCAUUUUACCAAUCGCACGGAGACCUUUAGAAAGAUACCAAACAUGAAAGGGAAAAAACAACAUAUUCACAAGAUAUAACACAUGUGGCAUAUGGAUAUUCUUGCUUUUGGGGGAGAAGAGUGAGA